CCUAUAACUUUUCCCUUUGUAGUAAUCAGUGAUGGGUGAAAGGACUGAACAGAGCUUUGCAUUCUUUGCAUUCAAAAACAAAACACCAGCUUGUCAGUCAACCUGCAUUCAGCAUCAACAUGCACCUCCAGCUCCUCUUGAGGUACCUUGUGAAUCAUCACAGGUGUGUCACUACUUGAAAAACAUUUGCGACCCCUGAAUAAUUUCUACAGUGUCCAUUUGAUGAUCCACAUUCAGAGGGAAAGUAACUGGAAGAACGUCAUGAGGCCUGCUGGUCUCAGUCCAGCGGUUGCACAGCUGGACCAGUGUGGCCUUGUUAACAAUGAUGAAAAGUACCUGUCCUCUUUAAACCAAGCGGUUCACAUGGAAGGUCUGAAGAUGUGUAGCUUGUAUGAGUCGCCUGUGUCGAUAACAACAGAUGAGCUCGACUUGGUCUGUUCCACAGAAAGAGUCAUCAGCGGCGUAAAGAGUGACACAUCCUGCACUCUCUCGGUUGUACAUAACGACACAUUGUCCCCUUCCUUAUUCUGCUCUUCCCUGUCCACAUCAUCUUUCAGUGCCUUCUCUCCAUCCUUCUCUUCCCCUUCCUCUAGCCACUCAUCUGGCUCGAUAUCAGACCUAUGUUUGACUUCUCCAUCUCUUUCAACUCUCUGCGGUCCACCUGAGACCCAGGAUCUUCUCUACAAUUGCACACCAGAGCCGCAGGAGAAACCUCCAGAAGGAUGUUUGUAUCCCAAGUCUCCAAAGCAAGAACCUGUUGCUGAAUUUCAUCUUUGUUACAAGAAGCUUCUACACAAGGAAGAACUCCUUCAGUAUCUCUGCACUGACUCAGACGCCACCAAGGAUCAAACCCAGCACCUUAACUUUCACAAUACUCAGACAGAAGUAUCAGAAAAGCUUCCUACACUGCAGCAGUUGAAGAAUGAUUUGGGACUUAGUGGACUUAGUGGGCUUCCUGGAGCUGAGCGAAUGAAUGAACACCUGAGUGAAGAACAGCCAUGCAAAUGGAUGGAUUGUAGGGCUACCUAUGGGUUGAAAGAAGAACUGGUGAGACAUAUAGAGAAGGUUCAUAUAGAUCAGCGAAAAGGCGAGGAAUUUACCUGCUUCUGGGCAGGAUGUGUCCGUCGGCACAAGCCCUUCAAUGCUCGAUACAAACUGCUCAUUCAUAUGAGAGUCCAUUCUGGUGAAAAGCCCAACAAAUGCAUGUUUGAAGGCUGCAAUAAGGCAUUUUCCCGUCUGGAAAACCUGAAGAUCCACCUACGCAGCCACACUGGAGAGAAGCCCUACAUUUGCCAGCAGCCCGGCUGUCUCAAGGCCUUCAGCAACUCCAGUGAUCGAGCCAAACACCAGCGCACACACCUGGACACGAAACCGUAUGCAUGUCAGCUGCCAGGGUGCACCAAACGUUACACCGACCCCAGCUCAUUGCGCAAACACAUCAAGGUCCACUCCAGUAAAGCCCUGCAGGCACAGGACAAGGUCCAGCUACACAAUAAGGUGGAGCAGGAAGUUGUGGAUGUGUGCCUUGACUUGCAGCAUCUCCAUGGCUCCGCUCCUUCAAUACAGAGUCCAGACCAUAGGCGUCCUGCCUCACUCAGUGAGAUUCAUCAGGAGGGUUUUACUGUAUACCCUGAGGAAGAUGAAUCCUGUAGCAGAGCCUUAUCUCUGGAGCAUCCCAGCAGACACUGCAGCAUGGAGCACAGCAGCAUCAGCCUCCACAACCAUCUGCACAACAACAAGCUCAAUCAGCCAAGACUUUCUCCACUGGUUUGUGGAAUCAGCCUGGUCAGUGGUAACAAUGAGGUCCAGUCUGUUUCUGACAAACACAGCUCCUUCCCAAACCCACAUCAAAAACUCAACCAGAUGUUUCAUGAAGUACCAAUAAAUCACCACGUUUUUCAGGCCACUUUUAAUCGAGUUGAGCAGAUUUCCAGCAAUGGAAGAGAUGAUCUGCAUAAUUUUGACCAAAAUGGAUUUCCUUUUACGUGUAUGAACUCCUCUGGCUGCAGCCUAAACCAGGACAUACAGUCGGGAAGUGGGAAUCGUCCCCCUCCCUGUCCUGUUCCAGCUGGGAUCUAUGAGUGCUGCCUCAGUCAGAUCUGCUCUCUGUAGACUUGAGACACACCUUUGGUCCACUGCACCUGAGAGCAGCAGCGCAGGAGCGACAUGAAAGCAUGGGCCUUUGAGGAAGUGCAGCUCUGAAUGAAGACUCUUUAAAGAGAACUGUUUGAGGCAAGGUCCUCUGAGAGAUUCCUCCAGCAGUGAGUCAAAGAUCAGAGAAACUCCUCAGAUUGGGCACUGACGAUGACGAUGAUGAUGAUGAUGAUGCAGCCUUUUGAUUUGAUGUUAAAUAGACACUGUAAUUUUCUCUUUGAGUGUGCACAGAGAAUGUUGAGGAGAGAUGCUGUUUACAUUGAGUUCGUAAAAUGUCUUUAUGUUUUGUUGUAUGUUUAAGCAUUAUAUUCUAUCUCAUAUUUGUGAUGUCAGUAUCA